AUGAAGAGAGGCAAGGCCCCGUCCUCCAGGAGAGCUGAAAUCCAGCAUCUGCACCAAAGCUACGCCUCAGGCCAGACCGUUUUGCCGGCCAGCGCUCUCCUCAGGUUCCUCCACCAAAAACAGAUGGAGCUCACAGCAAAUGAAGAGACGGCAGAGAGUUUGAUUGAUAGAUAUGAGAUUGAAGAGACAGCCAGAGAAAGUAGGUCCAUGACAUUUGAAGGAUUCCUCAGGUUCAUGGAGUCCAAAGACUGCUGCGUGUUCGACCAGGCCCACACGUCUGUGUACCAACCCAUGGACCAGCCUCUCAACAAUUACUUCAUCUCCUCAUCACACAACACCUACCUGACUGGAGAUCAGAUAGUCGGAAAGAGCCACCUGGAUGCCUAUGUUUGCGCUCUGAGGAAAGGCUGUCGCUGUCUGGAGAUUGACUGCUGGGAUGGGCCAGAUGUGGAGCCCAUAGUCUACCAUGGCUACACCCUAACCACCAAGAUAUUAUUUAAGGAUGUCAUCACCACUGUGGAGCAACAUGCCUUCGAGGUGUCUGCUUACCCGGUGAUCCUGUCAUUGGAAAAUCAUUGCUCCCCGGAGCAGCAAGAGGUCAUGGCCAAGUACCUCAUCUCUAUCCUCGGGGAAAAGCUGCUGAGAACUCCCUUGGAUCACCCAACCACUGGGGACCUCCCUGGCCCCAAUGACCUGAAGUAUAAGAUCCUCAUCAAGAAUAAAAAGCUCAAGGCUCACAUUGAGGCUGAGGGCGCCGCAGGGACAGAGGCAGAGGAAAGUAUAGAUGAUGGUGAGGAUGAGGAGGAUGAGGAGGAGGAAGAAGAUCAUCAAACCAAGACAAAGUUCUGGUCUCCCAGAAAGGCAGGGUCAUCGACGAAAUAGAAGAAGAAGGUGGCUGUGGCAGAGGCUUUAUCAGACCUGGUUAUAUACACCCGGUCUGUCAAGUUCCACAGCUUCAGUCACUCCAAGGACAAUCAGAACUACUGUGAGAACACAUCAAUGGCAGAGAAGAAAGCUCGCAAGCUAGCCAAAGCCUCAGGUGCAGAUUUUGUUCAUCACAACCAGAAGUUCCUCAGCAGGAUUUACCCAGCAGGCUCCAGGACGUCUUCCUCCAACUACAACCCUCAGGAGUUUUGGAACGUCGGCUCACAGCUCGUUGCUCUCAAUUUCCAGUCUCUGGGCUUGUCUAUGGACCUUAAUGAUGGCCGUUUCCAGGACAAUGGGGGCUGUGGAUACGUCCUGAAGCCGUGGCUGCUCAUGUCCAGUGAGAGGAGCUUUGAUCCCAGCUGCAGCCAGCACGGCCUCAAACCCACAAACCUGCUGCUCAAGGUGAUCAGUGGGUCCAACCUCCCCAUCUCCAGGAGUGGCAAAGCUCUGGACUCCUUUGUCAGAGUGGAGAUUCACGGGAUUGCAUCUGACUCACGCAGAAAAAACACACAUACUGUCAAAAACAACUCUCUGAGUCCUUGCUGGGAUACUGACAUGAACUUCAACAUCAGUGUCCCCGAGCUCUGCCUCAUCCGCUUCUGUGUCCGUGAGCAGACCGGCCUCCUCAGCAGCGAAUUUGUGGGCCAGUACAGCCUGCCCUUCACCAGCCUAAAGAAAGGCUACCGCUGGGUGCCUCUCCGGUCCCGAGACGGAUGCAGCCUGGAUCCAGCCUCCCUCUUCGUCUUUGUUUGGUAUUCCUAA